AUGGCUGCUGUGCGGAAGAAGUUAGUCGUUGUUGGUGAUGGAACCUGUGGGAAAACUUGCUUGUUGAUAGUUUUUAGCAAGGACUAUUUCCCAGAAGUAUAUGUUCCAACUGUUUUCGAGAACUAUGUAGCCGACAUAGACACUGGUGGCACUCAGGCAUGCUUAAUACCCGUCCUUAUAUCUUCUUAGGUCGAACUAGCCUUGUGGGAUACAGCCGGCCAGGAGGAUUACGAUCGACUUCGACCCCUUUCUUAUCCUGAAACAGAUGUCAUCUUAAUGUGUUUCUCCAUUGACAAUCCAGGCAGUUUGGAGAACAUAAAGGACAAAUGGGCCCUGGAGGUACGGUUGCUUCCCUCGAAAGUAUUUCUUUAAGGUCGGACAUUUUUGUCCCAACGUGCCAGUAAUCCUGGUGGGGAACAAAAAGGACCUUAGAAAUGACGAAAAAACCAUACGAGAACUGGCUAAAGAGAAGUUGGAACCUGUGAAACCCGAGGAAGGGAGGAGUGUGGCUGAGCGGGUCGGCGCUUGCGCAUAUGUCGAGUGUUCUGGUAUGUGAAUUGGGUUGUGUCAUACUCUUUUAGCGAAAACAAAGGAAGGCGUCAAGGAAGUUUUUGAACAGGCAGCAAAAGUCGCCCUCGAGUCCAGUCGAAAAAGGAGGAGGAAGCGUUGCAACCUUAUCUAA